AUGUUGAAACAUGCGCAGCGGCCGCCGGCGGGGAACGAUGCCGACCACCGCUACCAGAAUAUGCCGCGGCGGCCGCACCACCAUCUGCCACUCAACGUGUCCACCCUGGACUCAUCGAAGCACUCGGUUGGCGGGACGUCAGCGAGCGUUAGCCCUGGCGCGCAGCCUCCUCCAGCCGCAUCCGUCUCUGUGGUAUCCCCAAUACCGGUGAUGUCACCCCCCAAGAUCGCUAAUGGAAACGCUUCAGGGAUCCAUCAGCCUCGCCAGCAUGUAAUCAGAAGCCGGAGUUCUAGAGCUGCCACUGAGGAAGCUCUGACUUCCUUAGCUCUGCUAUGUCUUGUCAGUUUGCUGCUGGCGUUGUUAGCGUUGUUGUUUCUGCUGAAGAUCUCCGCGCCUGCAACCAGUGCGCCCGAGGAGUUUGCAGUGGUGUACGAAGUGACAUUAGCGUUGUGUGCGUUGACGCUCUCAUUGAAUCUAUGCUGUCUACUUGUGUGUGCUAUACAGUUCCUCUUCGCAGUUAAACUGGUGCACUCGCCCUCCGCGCCAAACGGACGGUAA